UGGUUUGUUGUGUUAUAGGAAAUAAUGCCUGUGAAUGUACACCAGGCACUGGCCACAGGCCAACACGCAGCAAGACCAUCGUAAGUAACCAAGGCUGUCAUAAAACUCUCAAAUACUACUGCUGUGAGUACCAAGAGGGUAAACCAGCUGUAAGUACUACCCAACUGUAAGUUGUUACUCAUUUUAUGAUGUUAGGUUGGAGAGGUUGGAAAAAGUUGGAGGGUAUGACCUCGUCUUCACUAUGAGACACUCAUGAAGUAUAAGCAGAUAUGGACAAGGAAAUGGAGGUGGAGAAUGAUAGAGCUGGAGCCCCAGAAGAACCAAAAAUGAGGCCAGAGAAACAAGAAAAAGCCAAUCAAGAAAGUCCAUUGUUACAGGGUCUGACCAGCCACGUGACUCCCUUGGUCCCAGAAUUCUUGAACCCAGCACGUAUCCAGGAGAAGGCCUUGGCUCAUCAGGUCAACAGCAUACAGCACAAGUCUGCAAAGGAGUCCAAAGGUCCGCAGCCCAAGGACAUAUUCCUACCUGUAUGGGGUGGUAACAGCUUCAAUUUCUCAGCAAAAACCUUGCAGCCUGAACAGGCUGUCAUCCCCAAUUUUUCAGCAAAAAUCAUCUCACCUAACCAGGCUGAUACCCCUAAUUCUUCAGAAAAAAAUAUCCCACUCAAGCAGGCUGACAUCUCUGAUUUCUCAGCAAAACCCAUCUCACCCAAAGAGGGUAACACCCCCAGUUUUUUAGCAAAAAUCAUCCCCCCCAAGCAGUCUGAUACCUUCAAUUUCCCAGCAAAAACCAUCCCAUCCAAUCAGCCUGACACCCCCAAUUUUUCAGCAAAAACCAUCCCCCCCAAGCAGGCUGACACCUCCUAUUCUUCAGAAAAAAUUAUCCCACCCAAGGAAGGUGAAAUCCCCAAUUCCUCGGAAAAAAACAUCCUGAGAAAGGAUGACACUACAUCUACUUCUUCAGAAAAAAACAUCCUGCGCAAGCAGAGUGACACCACCAAAUCACCAGCAAAAUCCAUCCUGCCUAAACAGGGCAGUAGCCCUAAGUUCUUAGCAAAAUCCAUCCUGCCCAAACAGGCCAACACCCCCAAGUUGCCAGCAAAAACUCUCCAGUCUAAGCAGAUCAAUAGCCCCAAGGUUUUAGCAAAAAGCAUCCUGCCCAAGCACGGCCAAACCUCCAAGUCCUCAGAAGAAAACAUACUGCCCAGAGAGGGUGACAUCAAGUCCUCAGAAGAUACCAUUCAGCCCAAGGAGGGUGACAUCCCCAAGUCCUCAAAAGAAAUCAUCCAGCCUGUAGAAGGCAAUGUCCUGAAGCCAUCAGGGACAAUGGAACUCCUGGAGGUGGACUUGGUGAAAGUGAUCCUGAACAAGGAGGACUUUGAGUUGGCGCUCAAGGAGGCCGGGGAGAGGCUGGUGGCCGUGGACUUCUCGGCCACCUGGUGUGGGCCUUGCAGGACCAUCAAGCCCCUUUUCCGUUCCCUAUCCUUAAAGUAUGAGGAUGUAGUGUUCCUGGAAGUGGAUGCUGAUGAGUGUGAGGAGCUGGUGAAAGACCUGGAGAUCAUUUGUAUCCCAACCUUUCAGUUUUAUAAACAAGAAGAAAAGGUGGGAGAAUUUUGUGGCGCUGUUAAAGAAAAACUUGAGGCAAUCAUUGCAGAAUUAAAGUAAUUGUGGCUCCUGAAAGCACCGUAAA